AUGGUGCUGGAAACGCCACUGCUCCGGGUGAGCAGGCCCGUGGCCGCCUGCUCGCGAUGUCGAGCCGCCAAGGUCAAGUGCGAUGGCAAACUACCCGCCUGCACAGCGUGUGAAAAGUCCAAUCGCGCCUCCGAGUGUUCGAGCACAAACGACCAGUUUGCGAGGGGCAAGGAGAGGAGCUACGUGGCCACCCUCGAGGCCAGAGUGGAACGCCUGGAAAAGAAGAUUCUUGAAGCAAGAGUGCGGAGAAAGUCGUCCGUCUUGAUGCUGGACAUGUCCGAGACCUCGACGCCCCGCAGAACCUCAGCCGACACGCUGAAAGCCGCUCGCCCCAUCAGCAAACGAGCCGCACGCCGCAAGGAGGCGUCAGACAUUGACGAUCUGGUGUCCGACUUUGGCCUUCUCGCCGUCAAUGCCACAGCGAGAGACUUCUACGGCUUCACAACCGAAAUGUCCUACGCUCGCCUGAUUCGAUCCGCAAGUACCAAGGAGCCGCUGCCCACCGGAUUGACCAAAGCCCUGCCUCCCAGGUUUGCCGCCACUCCCUUGAUCCAGCACUACCUGAACAACAUCUUCACGCUCCUCCCAGUAUUCGAAGAGGCUACCCUAUACUCAUCCGUAGAUACCAUCUACCAGCAAGGCGGCAAUGCAACCCCGUGGGACCGAUGGAGUGUGCGCAUGGUCUUGGCCAUUGCAUGCCUGUCACAAUCCGACCAAAGAGGUGAUACCAAGUACUCGGACGCUGUUGGCCACGUCAGCGCCGCCCUCGAGAAUGCCGAGGACGUUCUACAUCCUGGCUACGUCACCAGCAUACAAGCCCUCGUACUCUGGACCAUCUAUGCCACCAUGGAUCCUCAUCACUUCGAUAGCUGGACGCUGAUUGGGGCAGCAUCGAGAGCAAUGGUUGACCUUGGCAUUCAUCAAGACCCUUCUAGGAAUGUUGCUGUUUCACGUGCCAAGUUGGAGAUUAGGAGAAGAGUGUAUUGGUGUGUAUACUCGCUCGACCGAUCCACUUCCCUUGUUCAGACUCGCGCCUUCUCCUUUUCAGACGAGGCUGCCCACGUCUCGUUCCCCUUCUACAGCUCGGCUUCUUCUCCGAGAUACUCAUCGCCCCAGUCAAACUUCUUCCAGCAGUCUUUCGACUCAGCACUCGAUCUGUUCAGGAUUCGCGAGAUCCAGUCUGAGUGGUAUAUGGACCUUUUCCAGUCAGGCCGUGAACCCUGGCAAGACCCUUACCCAUACAUCUGGAAACACUACAAGCGAAUGGCCGAGUGGUUUCAAGACAUGCCCCAAAGCACCCUUCCGGCCAUCAAAUCAUUCUUCGAACUCGAAUUGCUUUACAGCUACGUCUACAUUCUUUCGCCAAGUCCCCGAAUCCCUCACAUACACGAAUAUGCCCAGCGUUUGAUAUUCGAGCACUGUAUAUCAUACGCCACCAACUUACUGUCACUUCUCCACAAGCCAUCCAACAUCACCAAACCCCCGGUAACCUUCUACGAUGCUAUGCGCGCCUAUAUGACGGGUCGACAGUUUGUGGACGUCUUGUCGCGCAAUAUGGAUAUGAUUUUAGACCCGAGGCCUCCCAUACCUCCCACUCCAUCUGCGUCUCAAACGGAAUCCGAAGACCCGCUUGCGCCGCCGAUGCAAAUCAGCGCUCCACCUUUCCCAUUGCCAUUACUGCCUGAUGGUCAAUCUCUGCUGGCAGACCCUACCACCCGAGCCAUUGAUGCAAUUAAUAACUUCACAUCUGUACUUUCCAACUUUGGUCUGAGAUUUGGCUUCACACAUUGGCGCGAUCGCUUCCAGCGUGAAUCCGCAGGCUUGUCAGCACAGCUAUAUGGACGAAUGAAUGCAUCACCUCACACAUCUCCUCCACCACAGCAGAUGCCGCCUGUAACCUACCCUCCGCAAUGGGUGUCUAUGCCCUCUGUUUCCCCGCAACCGCCACAACUCGUCUAUCAUGGCCUUCCUACUACUCCGCCUACUACCUACGCCCCGCAACACAGCCCCUUCUCCAGCUCCAUGUCGUAUAGUGGAAACCCAUUUGACAACCAAAGACAGUGGACAACGCCAUCGCCGCAGCCCAUGCCCGACCUACCCCCGCCAACCGAGGGCCAAAAGCGACGAGCACUCUUGUACGGUCCGGGCAUUCCCGCUCCGCGUCCACGGAGCCACAGCCCGAGCGCUUCACGAAACCAAGACAUGAACUGGACUCAAAACGCACCAGUACAACAAGAUAAUGGCAAUUGGGCUCCCCCUUCACUGCAGACCCAUAACAGCGAGUCGUGGAACCAGGGACCAACGCAGGGGAACUGGGGAUGA